UUUUUUUGGUUUGUUUACAUGUUACAAUUGUAGAGUUCAAUUUAUUUUGUGGCAAAAUUUUCCUUAUUUGUUCAAAUUAUAGUAAAAUUGGGCUUUAAGGCUUGUUCGAUUUAACUCUUUUGUAUGUUUACUGGUAAUCUUUAACCACAGUUGUAACUUAUCCCUCUUCUUUCAUGUUGUUUGUGCUAUAUCUAUCGAACACUGAUUGAUUGACUACGCAAGCCAAUUUUCAAUAUUAAUGAUGGUUAUGUUGACAACUCGAACAUUUCUUUGGUCAUGGAACUGAUCAAUCUAUGGAUAUUUUCGGCCAUCAUUGUCCUUCUCAAUUUAAUCUUUGGUGGUUUGUUUUCAAUCGUUCUUCUGGUAUUGGUGCUUUCCGGGGCUUACACUUUCGGUAAACUAUGUUUAUCGUCCAAUCAAACCAUCUUCAAACAGUUCACAUGGGCAUAUUUACUGGACUGUAAUAACCCUAAAAGAAAGCAAGGAUUACAGGAGACGUUGGAAAAACAAGGAAUUAUUAAAUUUCUCAAGACUAGAGAAAGAGAUGAAAUCUAUUUUUGUUUCAUCUGUCAAGAGAGGCGAUGUUUACGCCACGGUCCUGAAGUCAAAGUUGGAUUAUUUCAUGAUCGUCGUAUUCUUGUGAACUCCUGUUUAAAUGAGCUUCUCGAAGAUAUUAUCAAUUUGUGCCUAGAUGAUGUCGAUAGUCUUAAAAAUAAUGAUAAAUUGUGUCAAGAGGUUAGAAGAUGCAUAUCAUUUGUAACUGGUAAUCUAAUUAAUCGAAUGAGAUUGAACGUUGAUUCAUCUGAAUUUAUCUCCAAACGUUUGCCUACCUCGUUGAUACAACAUUUGUAUUUCUUCCUGAAAGGUAAACGUCAAGCAAGAUCGGCUUACUUCAUUCGGGAACAAGUAAUCAAAGUUUACCGAGAAAAUGAUUAUUACUGUGAUUCAAAUUAUCUUCAUUCCAUGGUUAAAAGCUGCCAUCACUUACUAUUAUCACCAACCUUACUGUCCAAUUCAACUUUAGCCCACUUUUCCCUCGAACUGAUUGUUAAUUGUGUCUUAGAACCUUUCCUGGAUCUCAUCUCUAAUCCAUACUAUUUUAAUACCUUCAUUAUUUUGUUAUUAGAAGGAAUAUCGAAUGUAACUGAAAUCGAUAAGUGUAUCAAGGAGGAUGAAACCAAGCUGUCCAGUAAUUGUCAACCAACUUCUUCCUCUUCUUCUGCUUCAAACACGCAUUCCUCCACUGUAAAGGCUCACUCACUUGGCCAAUUACUGGAAAAUUUCUCAAAACCCAUCAAAGAGUUAAAUAAGGAAGAAAACUGCUUGGGACUUUCAUUGAAGGAAAUAAUUAAAGAUGAGCAAUUACUUUUUAUCUUUAUGCAAUACCUGAAAGAGGAAGGCUCCGUCAACUUAUUACAAUUUCUGCUCUCUAUCGAUUCAUUCAACUGCCGCCUAUUAAAGCCUGACCUAAGUGAAGAGGAGAAAUCUGAUUUAACAAGGGAACUUGAGCUGUUAUUCCAAGAAUAUUUUGACGAUGAAAGUCCUGAUUAUAUUCAUUUUCAUGAUGAUGCAAUCAAACAGUCGCUUAAAAGUAUAAUUGAACGUAAAGAGGUUAUACUACUCCAAACCAGUGAUCCGUUGUACAAAGCUUACGAUCAAGUUUAUAAUACUGUUGAUCGAGUCUAUUUGCCAUUAUUUUCCGAAUCUUCACUAUAUUUUAAACUAGUUGCCGGAUCGAGAUCUGCUCAAUCUUUAUCAUUCGAUGCCAACGAUGGUGAUAAUUUAUCUCUCUCUAGUCAAAUAUCAUCAAUAACGGAUGUAAAUAAAAAGUCUAAUGGUGACGAAGCAAGAGACAAAGAUUCCAUUAAAGAAGAGGAUGAAAAGGUUGAGGAAGAUAUUCAAGUAAUCCAUGAUUUAAGUUCUUGGAAAGUUAAAGUUGAUCGAGUAGAUAAACGAAUCAAGAGUGAAUUUGAUGACGAAGAAAUUGAUGAAGAGGAAGAUCGUUUAAUCUAUUUGAUUAAAGUGAAUGAUACCAAAGAAGAGACAUCUUGGGAUGUUCAAAGAGAAUUUGACGAGUUCCAUGUUCUUCAAUCAAAAUUGCGACAAUUUCAUGGCAAUAUCAAAGGAAUUGAUUUCCAGUUACCUAAAAAACGCAUAAAUCUAUUUUCUAGUUCUUCCUAUUUCCCAGUUACACAGACAAACAUUUCUUUUCUUGAGGGUAACCUCAACGAUCUCCAAGCUUUCAUGGAAACACUCCUGUCCAAUCCUGCUCUACAAUUUUCAUCUCUUCUACAUUCAUUCCUCAAACCUUCCGCAUCGUCCAAUCAGUUUAACUCUACCUCAGUUGAUUUCAGGAAAAUGAUCCGCAAUAUAAACUCAUCAUUCUCUUUGAAAGGUGGAAAUGAUCUGCGAACAUCUCUUCAACCCUUCAUUCUUAAUUUUGUAAAUUCAACUGAAAACAAACGAAAUACUGGCUCGAAUGACAAGGAAACAACCAAUUUAGGAAUUAAAAGUAAUUCAAACAGCUUUGAAGAUGCAUUAGAUCCAUCGGACCUUGAAAUUAACAACGACGCUGUUAAUAGUGAUUUUAUUGGUGAUGGCAAAGGAAAUACAUUUUAUGAUUUAAUACUUUUUAUCAUGAGCAGCAUUUACGAUUUAGAUGAAUCCAAUUCACGAGUUUAUUAUUUAUUUAAAUUAGUUGAACCAUUAGGUAAAGACGUGGUACAAUCUUUAAUGACUAGAUUUUUUGAAAGUGAAUUGAAAAGUAUCAUUUCACUUGAUAAUUGCAUUUUGGCAUUGGAAAAUUUAAAGUCGACCCUAGAAGCUCGAAAAUCUCCAAGAGAUGUCAAUGAGGAGGAAAAGCUUCGUAAAUUGAGGGAAAGAGAAGCUCUAAAGGCAAUACAAACCAAACUAAAUUACAUACCAUUUACACCUUCGUCACUCUCAUUUCAUCUUUAUUACUGUUUCCAAUUUCCCCAAUUAAACAAACAAUUUCUCUACAUAGUUCUUAACCAGCUAUUCCUCCUCUUGUUUCCAGAAGUUUUUAAUGAUGAUAAUUAAUAUAUCCUUCUAUUGUUUUAGAUUUAUUAGUUUUGUUUAUUUAAUUUUUUUCAAAACUGUGAAAUAAAAGUCAAAUAAUUUGUACCAAUACAUUUGAACAUUAUUUUUGCAAAACUAAAAUUUUGCAGAAUAAGUUUGUCUCAUUGAAUUUUUCAGUUCACCUCAUUGAAGACCUCCAAUACAUGUAUUAUAAAAAUGUACUUGUAUUUUAAUAAACCUAGUUGAUUAACUCAAACCUUGACACAAA